AUGAGGGAGAGACGGUCCUUCCCUAUAAGCGGCGAAGUGGCGCUCAAAAGUGACAAGGAUGGAGGUGGUAGGGGAUUAGUGGUGAACUCUGUUUUAUGUGGUGUGGUGGAUGAGUUGUCGAACGGGAGGACUGGUCGCCGAGGCUCGUGGGUUCGACACGCAGUUAUGGGUGUGCUUAGGUGGAAAGAUUUGACUGGAGUUAGAACGAGUACGCCUACCGAACAGAAAGAGGUGAGUUUGGAGUCUUAG